AUGUCCAAUACUGAAGAGAACCUGGAUGCUAUGAAAGGUUACAAGUCGGGACUAAACAACCCAAAUGUCUCAGAUGAGGUAAAGGGACCCGAUCAAGUACAACUUGAUCAAGAUAUUGGCCGUGACCAGUCAUGCAAAACGCUAUACAAUACUAGAGGUGGUCAAAACAAAGACUUGAGCAAAGUCCCUGCUGGAUCUGAAGCAGCUCAGAAUAGUCCUGGUGUAACCAAAAUGGACAAGAAGAACGCAUACGAGGAAUUGAUUCGGAUGGGUGGCGAAAGUCCGGAGGAAUAA